ACCAACGUCAGAAAAGUUUGGGCGCGCGGGUUUGUACUUGGUCCUUGUAGAGUACGCUACUCGAAGCCUUUCCCUCUUGUAAGUGGGAGAUGGAGUUUGACCCUGACGAUGUUUUCAGAGACGACGACGACGAUCUUGAUCCUCAACUCUCUCUCUUUGAUAACGAGUCGAGCAAAGAAUACGUGGUUUAUCUGGUCGAUGCUUCCCCUAAAAUGUUCAACGCUGUGGGAGAAGGCCAAAAGGAUGAAACUCACUUCCACAUUGCCAUCUCUUGCAUCUCUCACUCACUAAAGACUCAGAUCAUUAACAGAUCCUAUGACCAAGUUGCCAUUUGCUUCUUUAACACUAGGGAGAGGAAGAACUUGCAAGACUUGAGUGGUGUUUUUGUAUUUAAUGUUGCUGAAAGAGAGUUUCUAGACAGGCCCACAGCGAGGCUCAUAAAAGAAUUUGAUCUUUUGGAGGAAUCUUUUUCUAAAAACAUUGGAAGCCAACAUGGUGUCGUGUCUGGGACUCAAGAAAAUUCUCUCUACAAUGCUAUCUGGGUGGCACAGGGUCUUCUUCGUAAAGGGUCAGCAAAGACAGUUGAUAAGCGCAUACUUUUAUUUACAAACGAAGAUGAUCCUUUUGGGAGUAUAAAAGGGGCUAUAAAAUCAGAUAUGACAAGGAUGACACUGCAGAGAGCUAAGGAUGCACAGGAUCUUGGCAUCUCUAUUGAACUUCUUCCUUUGAGUCGCCCUGAUGGAGGAUUUGAUGUAUCCUUAUUCUAUGUUGAUUUGAUUGGGUUGGAAGGAGAUGAACUUCUUGACUUUAUGUCAUCAGCAGGAAACAAAUUAGAGGAUAUGAAUGAUCAGCUAAGAAAGCGCCUGUUUAUGAAGCGCAUAGUCAAAAGACUUAAAUUCACAAUAGUUAAUGGGCUGUCAAUAGAACUGAAUUCAUAUGCUUUAAUUCGUCCCACUCAUCCAGGAGCGAUCACAUGGCUUGAUUCUGUUACUAAUCAUCCUUUGAAGAGUGAAAGAACUUUUAUUUGUGCUGAUACUGGUUCUUUGGUGGAAGAAUCUACUAGACGGUUUCAUCCUUAUAAAAACCACAAUCUUACAUUUUCAGUGAAGGAGCUAUCUGAAAUUAAGAGAGUUUCUACAGCACAUCUACAGCUUUUAGGGUUCAAGCCAUUGAGUUGCUUGAGAGAUUAUUACAACUUGAAGCCAUCAACUUUCCUUUAUCCUAGUGAUGAGGGAAUGGAUAACAGCAUGUGCAUCUUCAUUGCCCUUCAUAGGUCCAUGAUACAGCUCAAUCGUUUUGCUGUUGCAUUUAUUGGUAGUUCCUCUCGACCUCAAUUGGUUGCCCUUGUUGCACAGGAAGAGGUUGUCCAAUCAGGUGGUCAGAUUGAGCCCCCUGGAAUGCACAUGAUUUAUCUUCCAUAUUCUGAUGACAUCAGACCUGUUGAAGAGCGCUAUUCAGAUAGAAGUGGAAUGGUGACUAAAGCAAGUGAUGAUCAAAUAAAGAAGGCAGCUGAUUUAAUUAAGCGUAUUGAUUUGAGAGAUUUUUCAGUAUGCCAAUUUACUAAUCCUGCUUUGCAGAGACACUAUGCAGUAUUGCAGGCAUUAGCACUGGAAGAGGAUGAGAUUCCAGAAAUGAAAGAUGAAACAUUACCUGAUGAGGAAGGCUUGGCCAGACCAGGAGUUUUGAGGGCCAUAGAAGAAUUCAAGACCUCUGUAUAUGGGGAGAAUUAUGAUGAGGAGAGUGAGCAAGGCGUGGGGAAGAUGACUGAAGCCUCCAAGAAACGAAAAGCACAAGCUGAGUUUGCAACAAAAGAGUGUGAAAACUAUAACUGGGCUGACCUAGCUGAUGCUGGAAAGUGUAACAAGGGAGAUAUAAAGUUACAAGGUUGUAAUUAUGGCCCAAAGUGGUGGUACCAUACUGGCAAGAGCUUGACUGCACUUCAAGUUUGAGUUUCAGAUACCUUAAAAUUUUAGUUAAAGGACUUGACUGUGGUGGAGUUAAAAUAUUAUCUUACAGCACAUAAUCUUCCUGUUUCUGGGAAGAAGGAGGCUAUAAUUAGCCGAAUAUUAACUCACUUGGGAAAAUGAUUAUGCAACUUUGAUAGCUAGAGUUGCAAGACUUAAAAGUAGUUAUUAAAAUUAAUGUUUUCGUACAUUGUUCUUCACCCGAUGUUGAUAAAAUACCGAUUUGUACUUAACUAGUCAACAUGAAAUUAGGGUAUAUAUGUUGUAGCAUGUUUUACUGUUGGAGACUUGAUCCGUGUUAGGUCUCCCAGCCACAGAUUAACAUAUUUCAGUUUGCAAAUUGUCGUAAAUUUAAUUAUCCUUUUUCACU